CUUGCUUCCCCUCAGGUGGAAUAUGAGGGCAGCGGGGCGGACAAAGCCAGACCUGCAUAAAUCCCCACGGUUUGACCAGAGCGAAUAUCAGGAAAUUGCUGAUUGAUUCGGGGGAAAAGAUGCCUCUGAAGAAAGAACUGUGCAGGAAUUUUCAGCGCGGAAGUAGCAUCAAAAACUUUAUCGCUUCUCCGUACUUCGAUUUAAGAUGGUUUUCCAGCUGUCAGUAUGGUGAAAGGUGUAAAUUUCUCCAUCCAACUCAGCAGCAGUCCCGGCCUAAUGCCUUUGGAUUUGGCAUGCAUAGUGGCUCAAACCAACAGCAGAAGGCCAAUCCUUUUGGAUUUGGUGUUCAGAGUAGCUCUCAGCCAAGACCAGCUGCUGAUUUUGCGUCGCAGCAUAACCAGUUCAAGCCUUUCGAAAAUAAGUGGACUCGCUUCUCUCCUAUUUCUAAUGCUUCGGCCACUUCAUCUCAUCACCCUGAUAAUCAAAUUCAAUCGGGAAAUCACAAAUGCACAGAUCCGGAGUCCUGCAAACAAUUAAUUGUUGAAGAUUUUGAGCAUGAAAGACCGUCAUGGACGCUCACAUGUUAUGGUCAUUGCAAAUAUGCUCCAUGCGAUAUUAGUGGCGACAUUAGCUAUGAAGAAUUGCAGUCUGCAGCAUAUGAUGAUGCUAAGCGCGGGUUGAGCUUGCAGUCAAUUGUUGAGAGGGAGAGGAAUGCACUUAACUUCAAAUUGACUGAGUUUGAGAAUUUGCUCCGCGGCCCAUACGUGGCUCCACUGUCCUCGACUGCUAGCCAAAGUGCACGCCUUGGUUUUGGGGCAAAUACAUCCUCAUUAUCAGCUCAAAAUACUGGCCAAUCUGUGGCCUCAAGUUUUGGUGUGCUCCAUGCAUCAUCUAAUGCUGGGGGAUCAAGUCCCUAUGUGCCUUCAAACACUGCUUCGGGGAGUCUAAGUUCUUCAACUUUGCAGCAGACUGCAAGUGCAUUUGGACCAAGUUAUUUGCCCUCUGGAGGUGCAGUCUCACAACAAAUGCUGAAUCCAACAAACAACAACUUUAACAUUGUUGUUGGACAAAAAGCCUUUGAUGAUCAACAAAAAAAUAAUGUGUGUCAGAGCGGGCAUGAAUCAAGAGAUGCCAGUGUUUGGCUGAAAGAGAAAUGGAGCCCUGGAGAGAUUCCUGAAGAGGCGCCUCCCGACACAUUCAUUUGAAGGCCAUAUUGAGAUGAUAGGCGUGACUGUCAAGUGUUUUAUUAUUAUUUUUUCUUUUAAGUACAUAAUCUGCAGAUAGAGUCCAACCAACCUUUUUAUUAUCUUUUGCUUCAUUAUUUCAAGCGGCUUAGUAGGUUAAUUAAAAUGAUCAAAGAUCAGAUUUGUUUGUGUUGUUAGGAUGAGGCAUCCGUGGGAUUCUGCAAUGUUUUGAGGGGAGUUCGGCCCCGUUUGGUUCA